UUUCAUUAUUAAUUAUAGUGAUUAUACAAUGACGAUAACAAAUAUUUAAUAAUUUGAAAUUAUUUACAAGAGUGUAGUGUUGAAAGCUCAAAUAAAGAUUGCAAUUUAAAAGAUUAGACUAUGUUGUAUGUUAAUUUAUAUUUUCGAGAGUUUCAUAGAUUACUGGAAAUAUACGGCGGCAAACAUGCAAGAAAUUAGAAAAGAAUCGAUUAUGUCGGAGCUUAUAAAAGCUAUUUUUGAGCGUGCAACAGAAAAAAUGGAAUUAGCAGCGGCGUUGCCUUCUCUUAUAUCGAAUCCUGAAUUAUCUCGCUUUGCAAUCCUCACAACUGACGAAAUGAACAUAAUAAUUCCUCCUAAUAAAUACUUGCCGCAAUCAGGUGAUACAAAGCUUUAAGAAAUAUUCUGAUAACUUUUUAAACAUUUCUGUAAUUGGUUUCUGUAAUAAUUGUUUCUCUCUGAAGCACAAAUGUGUACCUUAGAUCGUACAUGCCGUCAUUGACGAUUUUUAAUUAAUUUAUACUUUAGCAUCUAUUGAUGAGAAUUCAAAGUCAAAAGUGUGUACUAAAGAAACUUGGUACGACAUACCCGGAUUUGGCUGUGCAGUUUACAAAGUACUGAAGAUUCUUGAUAAACAUAUCGAUGUUCUCCGCACGAGUUCUCGUAAACACAUCUCAACGACAUCGGCUUUAUUUCUACGUCACAUUCGUUACUUUUUAGAAAAAGUUUUACAGAGAAUAUAUCUUACGCCGGAACAAGAGAGAAGCAAAGAACUACAUUAUAGAAACCUUUGGUAUUGUCAGAAGAAAUCUAUUGAAGAUAUUGCCAGUAAAAUACAUAUAUGUAUUAUACAAUUUCUAAUUCGGCAAAAAGUAUAGUAUGUGGAAUGACAAUCAUUCUCUGAUUGUGCACGAAAUCUUGUUCUACAUAUUCACAUGUUACCAAGUACUAGCCUGCAGAUUGGGUCUCGAUUCUACAUUCGUGUGAUUGAGCUUAUAGGGCAGAAUUAUUAACUAUUAAUUCUUUUCUCUCUUUUCUUUUCCCUUCUGAUGGAAAUAUAUAGGAUUUACAAUGGAUCUGGAAAGGCAACGAAUUAAUCAUAGAAAAAUGCUCGAGGACAUAAUCAAGCGAUAUAAGAAACAUGUAGUCGCUAUCGAUGGUAUUGACAAAAGAUGCAACGAAUAUGCCACAAGUACUAACGCGAGAUACGAGCAGAAACAGAUUGUUAUAUGCAAAGCGUGGGAAUACGAGCGAAAUGAAAUGCAGGCAGCAAUGGGAAACGUUAUCGAUGAUCUCGAGUUUUUAAAAGACGUAAAUACAAAAUUGGGACGAGCAAUCUGUGAACGAAAAUGGACAAUUAAGUCAAACUUAUUGGCAAUAAUCACCAAGUAUGAUACAGAAAUUGGCAGUAGAUAUAGAACGUUGAAAAAUCUUAGCGAGGUAUAUAAACGCGACAAAUUGGAAAAACACGAUUUGGAGGUGACUUUUUUUUACAUAAUGUGUACUUGUGCGCAUACGUUAUGUACGCAACGUACAAAAAGAGAAUAUCGUGACAAUUUAACUCCAUUGCAGAGAGAGAUAAAGCAACAAGGAAAAGUAUACCGUGUUUUUAUUGAACGAAGAGAGAAAACUGGAAUAACAUAUUUCUACAAAUCUUUAGUUAUAUUUAAACGAGCACGCUCCGCAAGGAUUAUUCAACGUUGGUGGCGCCAAAUUUUCUGGGCUAGAAGAGGAAAGGAAGAAUUUGAAAGAGAAAAGAAAGAGUACAACAUUUCCAGUUACAACAAUUAAAUCUGGUAUGUAUAAUAUUAUAUCAAUAAUAGUAUACUUC